GGCGAGCGCCCGCCCAAGCCGCUGGACGCCGCCGCCGCCGCCACGCCCACCGCCACCGCCCUGGCGCUCGCUCUCGCGCACGCGCCCGACGACGCGCACGACAACCCCGACGUCGUCCCGCACACCGGCGGAGAGUCUCUUGAGCUUCGAGGCACCUCCUAUUCGGUGGCAGCUGGCGGCGUCGUGGCGAGACCUCAUCGGCCAGACGCAGAGGGCGCCCGCUCCGGUUGCCCAGACGCCGCCUGCCCCCGCGCCGCCGCCGCCGCCCCCGCCGCCGCCGACGCGGCACAAGGAGAGCGCAGUCUAGCGGCGCCCUCGCCCUCGCAG